AGGCACAGGCUGGUGAGGCUCAAUUUGUCAACAACCGCCAAUAUGGCGGCUGUGACGGCUAGCCGUCCUAGUAAGGGAAGGUCAAAGCGUGUUGCUACGGCAUGUGCUUUCCUUUCGAAUAUUUCACUGGAUGGAAAUAUUACAAAGGAAGCAGCUGAACGGAAAAAAGAAAAGGCUAGUCCCAAAGAAAGCAAUGAACACGAUCGUAGAGACACUGGCCUCUCGCUAGAAGCGACAAGAAGGACACGGAAUAAACUGCUGCACUCUGUAUCUGAACCCUCGACCUCCAGUGGAGAAUCUUUUGAGGACAGCUCCAAACGAUCAAUACACAGACAACGUAGUGUUACGGAGGCUAUUCAUGAGAGAAAAUGUCAGGAGAGCUCCGUAAUGGUACGAAGGAGUGUUUCAAUGUCUGAAUCGUCCUACGACCCUUCGACUACGAGUGUUAGUUUCCAACGUACGAAGAAUCGGAUUUCGUGUUUGGCGGGAUCUUCUUUCCACCACAAGAGACGAGCAAAUGACAAGAGAAUAGUCUUGUGUUCUUCUCAAAAGGCUCCACUGGCCACCUACUCUGUCCUGAAAUAUCAUAAGGAAAACCAAGAAGCAGGCCAGGAAGGAAUGAGUGUCAAGAAGAUAUCCAUAGCUACACCCAGCCAGUCUGCUGGUAUUGAAGGGGUUCAACUUGGAACAAUUGACAAGCCAGUAUCAUACAGAUCAUUUCUGAUAUCAACGUAUCCCUUGGCUUGGAAUGAAGCUGUUUCCAACAAAGGAUCUCCAUCUGUACCUUUACCAAUGGAUAAUGGAGGACUUGUUUCAGAGAAUGUUGAGGGAACAUUGCCACCACCCAGUUGGUAUGAUCCUCUUCUUCUUGAUAAUCCUGAACUGAAAUCAGGUCGGCACAGAAAGGUUCUCAACUUGACUUCAUACUUGGUAUCCAUGGUGGCAUAUGCAAAGCCUUCUGAGCUGAAAAAAGACCUGAAUGAACAAUUCAGAGAAAAGUUUCCAAAUCUCAACAUUACCCUCACAAAAUUAAGAAGCUUAAAGAGAGAUAUUAUAAAAAUAGCAUUAUCACAAGAUUGCCUGCUUGAUCCAACGACAGUGGGUUAUGCAUUUGUCUAUUUUGAAAAACUUAUUUUGAAGGAAAAGAUUACUAAGGCAAACAGAAAGCUUCUGGCAGGUUCCUGCUUGUUAUUGGCUGCAAAAUUUAAUGGUGAUAUGAAAAGAGAGAAAAUCAAAGAGGUCAUUGAGGCCAUAGAGGAUAGGCUUCGAAUAUCAGCAAAAGAGCUCAUUAGAUUUGAAUUCCAAGUUGUUAUUGCUCUGGAGUUUGAUUUACACAUUCCACAGUGGGAGAUCUUACCACAUGUCAAACGAAUGGAAACAGAAUAACUUCAUAAAAAUCCGUUCAUAAAUAAUGUCACCACCCGUUCUUAAUUCAAGCAACAAAAUUGUUCAGGAAUACAAUGUUAAAUGUUGGGUUUUAGAAAGUAUUGUUGCUUGAGAAACACAAGGUUUGUACAGGUCAUGAAAGGACAUGAAAAAUUUAGAGUUAUCCAAUCAUCUGUCAUUUUUUCCAUGAUAAUAUUUUUUAUGUUUUUUCAUUACUGUAGUGCAAAUCUCAUUACCUUCAAGGCCUGGAAGCUCAAGUGAAUUGAGUGUGAUUUCCUCAAGGAAAAAAAAACGAAAUAGCUAAAGAAAGAAUUAUUUUGAAAACAAGCUAAAUUUUUGGGUUAUGAAAAUGUGGGAUACUAAUACAAGGGAAUACAGUUCAUGGAAAUUCAUGGUCAUGAAAUAUUACAAACCACUCAUUGUCAUGCCCAGUUGUUCAAAGCUGGGUUAAGAUAACCCAGGGUUAGUGUGAAAUUUGAUUCCAGAUCUGGAAGCUUUGAAAAAAGUUGGGUUAAUCCCACUUGUCUACAAUUUGAUGAUUGAAUACACUAAAAAGAAUUUGGAAGACUUAUCUCAAAACAGCUUUUGAACAAAGAAAUUUAGAAACCUGAAUUAAAGUUUAACCCUGUGUUAGCACCAUUUGGUCAUCAAAAAACCAGGUCCAGGUCUUUUGUAGAAUGUUACACUGUCUUUGGGUGUGGUCAUUCAGUGUUGAAUAUAAUGAUGUGAUUUUUAUGAACUUCUGACUCAGUAUUAAUGAGAUGAUGUAAAUGUUAAUUAGUGGGGAUGGUGAGGUAGACAUACACACUACUCAAUUACUCUCUUUAACCCUUUACAUCCUAACAUCAGUGUUUAUAUUCUCCAUACUGGUCUCUGUACAUUUAUCAAGGGGCUGACAAGGAGAAUUUAUUUUGUUUAACAAUACAGAGCUUCCCUAGUUGGUGAUCAUUUCCUUUACUCUUAUGACAUUAACGUUUGAUUCAGGGGUGAUAUUGUAAGGAGAAAUUAGAUGCUAGUCACUUUUAGGGGUUAAAGGGUUAACUAAUGAUGACAACUGGAAUCCAGAGCCUACAGGGCCAGUUAUUUACACAAGGUCUAACCUAAACCGCCGUUUUAUGCAAGCAGUUGGCCUUACGUAUCCUCCCCAAGAGGGUUGUUUCCAUUAAAUACAUGUCCUUCUACUGCUAAUUUUUGGCUCCCUUUACUCUGUUCACAAAAAUAAAUGUUCAGGUUAAAGAUUCAGCUAAAUUCAAGAUAGUUUAGAACGCGGUGUUGUUAAACAAGGGCUAAAGUUUGUUUAAAUAACCGGCCCAUAAUGUCCAUCAUCGUGGGUUACACUUGAAAAAUUAGUGGAUUGCAUGAUAUCUCUAAAUAGGUUAUCACUCACGACUAAGGGCAAUCCCUCUUUGUCAGAGAAGUUCGGUUGUGCGAGUAAUAAAAAAUAUUCGAUUUAUGGGAAAAACAUUUACACGUUGUAAUACAAAUGUAAAUUCCAUGUUCUGUGAGGUCAUGUUUAAUAUAAAUUAUGAGAUCCCUGUUUAUGGGAAAGAUUUUGUAAAUUGAGAUUAUAAGAAAUUGUAUAUUGAGAGUUUGUAAAUA